AUGCCCUUCCAGGGAACGCCCACCAAGAUGACCCACCAGUACCCCGCGCUCACUGCCGAGCAGAAGAAGGUGCUCUCGGACAUCGCCCAGCAGAUCGUGGCCCCGGGCAAGGGCAUCCUGGCGGCGGAUGAAUCCGUAGGCAGCAUGGCCAAGCGGCUGAACCAGAUCGGGGUGGAGAACACCGAGGAGAACCGGCGUCUCUACCGCCAGAUCCUCUUCAGCGCCGACAGCCGGGUCAAGAAAUGCAUUGGAGGGGUCAUCUUCUUCCACGAGACCUUGUACCAAAAGGCGGACGACGGCACGCCCUUCGUGGACCUGAUCAAGGACAAGGGCAUCGUGGUCGGCAUUAAGGUGGAUAAAGGGGUGGUGCCCCUGGCUGGCACGGAUGGAGAGACCACCACCCAAGGGCUGGAUGGACUGGCAGAGCGCUGUGCCCAGUACAAGAGGGACGGCGCAGACUUUGCCAAGUGGCGCUGCGUGCUGAAGAUCAGCGAGAACACCCCCUCGGCCCUGGCCAUCCUGGAGAAUGCCAAUGUGCUUGCCCGCUAUGCCAGCAUCUGCCAGCAGAAUGGCAUCGUGCCCAUCGUGGAGCCGGAGAUCCUGCCGGACGGAGAACACGACCUGAAGCGCUGCCAGUAUGUGACUGAGAAGGUCCUGGCUGCCGUCUACAAGGCCCUGAGCGACCACCACAUCUACCUGGAAGGGACUCUGCUGAAACCCAACAUGGUGACCCCCGGCCAUGCCUGCCCAACCAAGUACAGCCCGGAAGAGAUCGCCAUGGCCACCGUCACUGCCCUGCGCCGGACUGUGCCCCCUGCCGUGCCAGGAAUCACCUUCCUGUCGGGCGGCCAGAGCGAGGAGGAGGCCUCCCUCAACCUCAAUGCCAUCAACAACUGCCCGCUGCCCCGGCCGUGGGCCCUGACCUUCUCGUACGGCCGGGCCCUACAAGCCUCGGCCCUCAACACCUGGCGGGGCCAGCGGGAGAACGAGGAGCUGGCCACCGAGGAGUUCCUCAAGCGAGCCCAGGUCAACGGUCAAGCAGCUCUCGGCCACUACGAAGCCAGCAGCAACGGCUCAGGGGCGGCCGGACAGUCUCUCUACGUGGCCAACCAUGCCUACUAGCCCCCCGGGGCAAAGGUCUCGGGCCCUGAGGAUCGGGCCCCUGGCUCCUCCGCUGCUUUCCAUCCCGCUCCACCCGUCACUCCAAGCUUUCUCUAGAGUAGCCGUGACAAGCAGCAAAUUAGGCAGAUGAGUGUCCAAUGCUGGGGGGGGGACGGACGACCACAGGGGAAUCGAGUCCUGCAAGUGGAGAGGAGGGGAGGAGAGCCCAGGCCUCCCUCGCAGGGCUGUUGUGUGCACGAAAGCCCCAGCAAGGAUCCAAAGCUGAACGAGGCCUCUAGAAUUAGAAAUUUGGCCGCUUUAAGACUUUGGGGACUCCAACUCCCAGCAUUCCACAGUCAAAGGUUUGUGGACUUCAACUCCCAGAAUUCCAUAAUGUUCCAUUAAGACUUGUGGACUUCUAGGGAAUUCUGGGAGUCGAAGUCCACGAAUCUUGAAAGUUUUCCAGGUUGAGAUCCCUGGAAAGGUUUUGGGUCAGCACCCAGGAAGACACAAUGGGGGUGAAUCCGUUGCAGGGGUCUCCUCUGCAGAGGGAAGGGGGGCCCCAGGAGAUUUGGGGGGGUCAUUGCUGUGUGGUCGUCUCUACCCCUCUGCCCACCUGCCUUUCAUUUCUUUGAGGACCAAUAACCUGUUUGGCUGUGCACUGUGAAUUGUGGCUUUGUGGUGCGGCCUUUGUGCCCCUUCCCCGCAGCAGCCUGGCCAGUGGGAGGGGAGGGGGCGUGUGUGUGCCCCCCCCGACAUACCAGUAGCCUCGUAACUAA